AGAUGUCAAAUUACCAAACCAAACAAAAGUUUAUUUAUAUUUACUCUGAUAUUUAUGUAAAAUACCGUGAUAAACUUAAUCAUAUCUAACUUUUUCAAUUACCUAGAUAUGCUAUAACUAUAACUAUGAUCUAGUGAUAAUUAUUCAUUGUUUCAAACCCGAUGUUAUAAAUUAUUUUAAACGAAUAUGAAACCUAUAGUUGCAAAGUUAGUGGUUUUAGGAUUGUGGGGCGUGGGCAAGAGCUCUACCGUUAUAAGGUAUGCUGAAAGAACCUUCAAGAAAGUAACUCCUACAGUUGGAGCAUCAUUUUUUUCUUGCAAAUUAACCAUAGGAAACAUUCCUGUUUUAUUACAGGUAUGGGACACAGCAGGUGAGGAAAGAUUUAAAGCUAUGGCCCCCAUGUUCUACAGGAACGCUAAUGCAGCCUUGCUUGUCUUUGAUAUUACCAAUUAUGCCUCAUUUGAAAGCAUAAAGGGAUGGGUUCAGGAAUUGAGAAAGAACAUUUUAGAGCCUAUGAUUUUGUGUGUUGUUGGAAAUAAAAUUGAUCUUUCUAGCAAGCGAAAAGUCUCCAGAGAUGAAGCUUUACAGUAUGCUAAUAGUAUUGGGGCAUUAUACCAUGAGAGUUCAGCAAAAACUGAUCAAGGUGUAGGACUGAUUUUUGAAAGUAUUGCUAGAGAACUAAUAAAAGUUUCUGGUAAAAUUGCCAAUGACGAUUCAAAUUUUGAGGACGAUGACAAUAUGAUGGCAAAAUCCAGUGAACUAGAAGCCACAGAAACUGCGGUGGAGGAAACAGUAAAUUUAAGUAUUAAUAGUAUUGCUCACGGUAGGUCAGUUCAAAACAGGUGUUGCUAGUGACAGAAAAAAACCCAAAACACGUUCUGACUUUACUUGUAAAAAUUUUAAGGCUGAAAAAAAUAAGUAUAAGUUUACUUGUUGACUUUUUGAAGGUUUUAAAGUAAUAAAAUCUAUUGGUUGUUACGGUUGAAGCAAUAAUGAAUAUUUUAUACUGAUGUACAUAUAAUAUACUCUGUCUGUGAUGUUAUAGUUACUUUUUAUAUAUUAUGUACAGAACUGUUUUGAUAUAUUUUACAGAUUUUUUGUGGACUAGGUAUAUAUCUGUAUGCAAAUAUUUUUAUAAAACAGCCAUAUUUAUAUUGCCAGCUGUUUUAGGAGAUGAUUUGUUGUAUUUUAAGGUUAUAAUAUGAUUAAAAACUAUAAUAAGUAAGGUUUUCGAUAACUUUAAGUAUUUACUUGGAAUGUUAUAUUUUUUUAUUGACUAAAUUUACUAUAAAUAUUGAAUAUUUUUUGUUCUGCCUUUAUUAACUUUGCCCAAAAACUCUGUACUGAAGUACAUAAUGUUUUUGUGUUCAAUGCCAUACUUGUAAUUAUUAUUUUUUGUUCAUAGUUUAAUAAACUGAUCUUGAAAAA